AUGCAGCUGCCUCUUCAUCAUCUUGGGGGCGCGGGCGCGGCACCCCCGGCCCAGCCUGCAGUGCCCGCCGCGCUGCUCUCGCCCGGGAUGGUGGGCGGCGCUCUGCGCUUCCUGGGCCCGCGGCCGCCCCUGCCCGCGGCUCCACCCCCGCCCCCGGCUCGCUCCACUCGCCAACUUUCUUCGGUCACGCUCCCGGGUCUUCCGGGGCCCCCAGCGCGUCCGCGGCCGCCCCCGCAAGUGUCGCGGCGCCUGCAGCCUCCCGGUUCCCAGGUUGCGCGCGGCCCCGCCCCCGGCCCCGCCCCGCCCGGCCCGGUGGCGGGAAGCAGAACUGCAGGCACAGAAGAGGGACCUAGGAAGUCACCGACCAGCCCUUCCCAGCAUCCUUCUCCAGCCACUAAACACACUUCGCUGAAAGGGCCUGAGGGCAUGGCUGGCCCCCUCCAAGGCAGCCCUGGAUGUCCUCCAGCUCCUGUUGAGUCCUUUGGGCCUUACAGCCUAAUUCAUGAGCGCUCAGAAAACACCGUGACCCACGUGUACCCCUCCUGA